CUCAAAGUCAUUAAAGAAGUAAUACCGGCCUCUUUUUGUAAGACAUACAAUUCUCGCAGUAUAGGUUAUGUUUGGUAUAACAUAAAUACUAAAACUCAUCGAUUUAGGGCUUCUCGUACGUUACCACUAUAGAAAAAGUGUUCAUGGUCGGAAAAGAAAUUAAAACAAUCUUUUCCCCACUCAAAUUUUUGCUCUGAAAUUAUAUUAGCGUCAAUGCGCCAAAUUCUGUUUUUAACUAAGAGAGAAGGAGAGAGCCAAGUCGCUUUAGAAAAUUGUACUGAAUAUUGUGUUAAAAUAUUAAAUUUAAAAAAUAUUAAUUUACAGCACUAAAUAUGCUCUUUUAUAUUGCAUUGUCUUUUGAGUUAACGAGUUUCUGUUUGAAAUAUUCUCUGUCUAUCACCUCAAAGUUUCAGGCCGUUACCACACAAUUAGUCAAUGCAUUUUACAGUACCGUAUUUCCUCUAAUAAACGCCUUGGGUGUUUAUAAAAUUUAUAAGAUUUUUAGGUGGCUUUUAUCAGAUAAAGGGCGUUAAUAAAAGAUGAGUGAAAAAAUAGGGGCGUUUAUUGGUUAAAAUACGUAUCUGUUAAAGUAAGGGCGUAUGUGUUUGAUUUAAAAGUUUUAUUUUAUAGAGCAGAUAAUAUAUUUUUUAUACUUUAUUACAACCUCUUACGAUUAACAUAAAAUGUUUAUGCACACAGAUCAGAACGAAGAAAGUCGCGAUGAAGGUUUGUAUUGCCAAACUUUGCAAAGACAAAAGAUCUUGCACCAAGUUUCCGGUAGAGAAGGCUGUUUUAAUGAUGUUGUCAUCAGCCGUAAUGAUGAAGUCAAUCAUGUGGUCAUUCUGUUUCCUGGUGACGCUCAGGAUUUCACCCAAAAUAUGACUAAUCACAGAGACAAUUUCAGAUGGAAAGAAUAUUCACUUGAAAACACGUCACAAAUGAUCAAUCGAAAAUAUCCUCAUGCAUGCGUAUGUCUUGUGAAGGCUAGCUAUCUACACUUGAGAACAUUCGCCUGUUACAGAAACUUCACAGAGUGUAACAUGUUCGGCGUCCCUACAUAUACUUCGGUCAAUUUGAAUGCUUUUAGUCAACUGUUUGGUUUGUUUAAAGGCAUAUGUAGACAAGAAUCACUGAAAGAAGAUUUACCUGUAACUUUGAUCGGCUUCAGUAAGGGUUGCAUUGUGUUGAACCAACUUCUGUACGAACUACCUGCUCUCUUGGAGUCUUCAGAGACUGCCAUCAAAUCAUUCUUCAGCAACGUGCGUUCGUUUCUUUUGUUAGAUUCGGGUGUUUCCGGUUCGUCUGGAGCGUGGGUAACAGAUAAGAAAUACAUCCAAUCUGCUGCUCAGAACGUAUCAGAUAUUCAAGUUCAUCUCACUCCAUACCAAAUAAAAGACAAAAUGAGGCCGUGGAUAAAUAAAGAGAAAAAACAGUUUGUCGAGGGAUUAAAAGAGUAUGGCGGUAAUGUUUAUGAGAAUAUGUAUUUCGAUGACCAUUUGCCACAGUUGGCAGAUCAUUUUGCUUUACUGAGAAGCUUUGAACCUCUUCGUUGUACAAAAGAGUUUCUGCACAAGCAUACGGAAAUGCAGUAAUAUAGCAUGUUUUGUAUGUUCUAUGUAGGAUGCUGUGCAUAUAAUUAUAUAUAUUCUAUAUUUCUUUCGCAUUAGAUUUUAUUUAAUUUUUUAAAAUUAUUUAUAUAAGCACGUUACUUUUAAAAAAACAUUUAAAAAAAUAAAUUGUCCCUAAAUUAAGAA